GGAAAAAGUGUUUAAAAGCUAGCUAAAAAAUAAACUGUCAAUUUUUAUUAUAUUUUUUCGUUUAAAGUGAAGGUUAAACUUAUUUAUAGUUAUACAAUUUUUAAAAAAUUGCGAUUUUUUCACUGUUAAGGAAUCCUGCCAAAAUAGAUGGACCACAAGACUGCAAAAGAUAUUUGCGUUUUAAUUAAUUCAUAUAAAUUCCAAUCAAAGCCUUUGUUAAAUAGUGAUAUUUACAAAAAGUUUUCUGAAAAUUAUUUCAAAUUAUCAAAAACUUGUCUGAAAUUAAAAAAACUGAACAUUGGACCUCAAAAUGCAUCUGAUUUCUAAAAUAAUCUCCAACAAUAUAAGAUACUUGCAUAAAAAGAUAAAAAUCUUUAAAAAAAAACCCUACCCAGUCAUUGGCUGCUAUUGUUAAUUUUUUGCAGCAACAAUUUAAAUAUGAAAGAAAAAGAAAUAGUUCUAAUACAAAUAUUCACUUAAACGUUGCAAGUGAUUUAAAUAUUGCUUCAGACACAAUGCAGAGAAUAAAGUGUGGUUCAUGCAAAAUAAAAAAAGAUGAAAUAUGUAGUUUACAUAAAAAAAACAGAAAAUUGCAGCAGAGAGUUCGUUUUUUAAAAAAAUCAAUGACCCGUAACAAGCUUACAAACAAAAAAUUUAAAAGACAGUAUUUGUCACUAAAUUUGUGGAAAUUGAAAUAUUCAGAAAAAAAAAAAAAAAACAGUUCAGCAGAAUAAGUUUCAUUCUCUAGAUUUCAAUAAUGAAUUGAGAAUUCUUAAAAUUAGUAGAACGAAGUUGCAACAAAAUGUUCAAAAGAUAGAAAGGAAACACAAAAUUGCUAUCAAAGAAUUACAGGCACAGAUAAAAAUCAAAGAGCAAGAAAAUAAACAACUUGUAGAACAAAAUCAUUAUUUAAUUAGUAUUGUUUUUGAGCCAGGUGUUUUAGCAUUGGUUCAGGCUGGUGAGGCACUUUUUCAUUGUGAAUAUGCAACAGUAGUGUUUGAUGCAACCACCAUUUUAGACAAACAUGUAAAUGAGUUUCUUAUCAGUACCUAUCCUCCGCAGAGAUGUUAUUCCUUAUCAACCGCUAAACUUGCUGGAGGUACAGGAUUUGACUGUGCCACUCAUAUUGUCAGUGUAAUAAAAGAACUUGCCAAUACAUUUGCAGAGUUUAAGAAUAUGCCAGCAGUAGAAGUUUUAGAUGUAUUCACUCAAGAAUCAAAAGUUGUCUGUCAGACAGAGCACCUGUUAAUAGUUGUGUGAAAACCAUGCUUCAGGAGGAGAUGGACAUUCAAUUAAUGCAACUGUAAUUGGAAGCUAUUGCCUUAAAAGCAUUAUUAGCGCUUAAAACAAUAGAUAAUGAGUUGAAGGUAAAACCGGCUAAAGGAACUGAUGGGGUUGCAGUAACAGUCCUCAAAAAUAUUUCUAUGCUAAGGUAAUCUUUUAUAUGUAUAUCUUUCAUUAUUUAAUUUUUUUUUUAGUUUUAUUUUCUUGUGAGCAAUUAUUUCUUUAUUAUUUCCAAGUUUUGAAAAUUUGAAAUUUAAAUUUUUUUGCCCUUUAAAAAUCAGGUAUAGUUUUAAAGGCGAUCCUGCAGCAUUCAAAAACUAUCUUAAAAAAAAACAAUGUUGCUCCAGGGCUAUUCCUUAGAUAUGUUGGUAGUAGAUUUCAUGUUUUGUUCCAUAUGGCAGGGAUUGUUGUUACAUACAAAAGACUUAUAAAAACCUUUCUUGAAAACAACACCAAAAAUAAAAUUUGCCAGCUCUUACUUCAAGAUAUGAGUAAUGAUAUAACGCUUGUGCAACUGCAAGGGUUGGGUCUGAUAGGAAAAAUAAUAACUGGGCCAUGGAUGAGUCUGGUUUAUAAAAAUGCAACAGGAAAGAGUAAUGUUGAGUUUGGUGACAUUUUCCAGAAAGCAAUAAGGAAAUUAGCUUACUUCAAAAGUAAUCCAGAAUCAAUUCUUUAUACAGAUGUGGAUAUUUUUAGUCAAGUAUUAAAUAUUAAAAAAGAUAAGGUACACCAAUCCCUUCGUGUAAUAAAAAAUAAAAAUAUUUUGGUAAAGAUUUUAUCAGCUUUGAUAAGCUACACAGAGACAGUUCUCAAAAGACAGAUGGCCAGGUAUUUGACUGGCAAUCUCUCAAAUCCAUCUAAAGAAAUGAUAAAAACCACACUAUCUGCUUCACCUCAUACAAUGGAGGCUGAAAGGAUCUUGGGCAUGCUUGAUUUUUUUUUGCGUUGUGCUCCUAAUGUACUUUUGGUUUUCUGGAUUCAAAAAUAAAAGCCAGGGUAAACAAAACAUUAACAUGGCUUGAUGAGAAAACAUUGCCAGAACAAGAAGAUCUUAUUCAAUUUGCAAUUCGCAGAGGAGCUUUAACGUGUCAAGCCUCUAAAAAUUUUAUUAAUCUUUUGUAUGAAGAAAUAGGAAAAAGAUGUGCCAAAGCUGAUUUAAAAAAAGAAAGUCUGGAAAGAAAGCAACUAGAGAAGGAUAUUAAAAGAGCAAUAGCUGAAAAUGCUAAAACCACAAAUCCUCUUUUUGUUAAUAUUGAUGAAAAACAAAAACAAAUUUUAGGAGUAUUUUUGAAAAAUGGAAACUUGAUAGGGCAGCUCUUAAGCCAUAAAUGGGAGCUAGAUGAUGGUAAUAUACAUUUAUUUUUUGGUAGAAUUGUUGAUCAAACGGUAGCAACAAAAAAAAAUCUAUUACAUACACAAUAGGAUAUUGGAAAGUCAAUGAAGAUGAAGCUGAAGAUAUUGACAUAAGCCAGGAAGGAGUUAUAGCAGAUCUAAUACAUAAAGACCUGGAGUUCAUUUAAAAAUUACUAUAAUAUAUUAGGCAUUAUUAUCUUUUAUUUUGUUUAUGUUGAUUAUUUUGUAUACAUUUUUAUUUUUUCCUUUUAAUUUUUAAAAAUUUUUAUAUUAACCAAGAGCAGACACAGGGUUAUUUUACAUUUCAGAUACUGUACUUUGCAUUAUGAAAACUCUAAGUAUAAGUAUGUUCAAUCAUUUGUCAAAUAAGAAUGAUUUGCUAAAAAAAUGUGGUAAUUAAAACUUAGGAACAAAACUAAAAUCUAAAAAAGAUAGAACCCCCUGUCUCAAAUGUUAAUUUAACGAGUUAAUAAGUUUUUAAGUUUAUUAUCCAAAACUAAAUUUAAAUUCACAUUUUUUAAUGCUCAAAGGUUAUGACCAUGUGAAAUAACUUUAAAAGUAUCAAGAAUUAUUGGGUCUGUUGAUGGAUUUAAAUGUAGUAUAAAAUAAUAAGUUAAAGUAUUUUAAUAACUUAGUCCCCUCACAUUUUUAUGUGGGGGUACAAACUUUUUGUGGUAUCUUUGUUCCCAGGCUCCAAUCACUUCAAUUUUUUAUACAAUUUUUUUUUUUAUAUUCUCAUUAGAUUUAAGCAUGAACAAACUUAAAUUUAGAUUAAUUAUGGUAAUUCUUUUAAUAAAAUGACUUGAAUCGAAUUUGACCCACUUUUAAAAUGGGCUUAAACACCACCCCCCUCUUUUUUUUUUUUUUUUUUUUGAAUUUAUUUAAUAUAAGUGGGAUAUAAUAAACAGUUUUUAUCAUAUAUGAGGCGGUAAAUUGUUAAUACUUUAUGAACUAUGUUAUAAAGUCCACUUUUUGAAGUCAUUUUUUUGCGUAUCUUUGUUAAGAUGUCCACUUUAUUUUCUCUACUUUCAAAAUUGAAUAUCUUUUUUAAUAGUUGACCCCAGAUAAUAAAUUUGGUAUAAAAUUUUGUCAUUUAAUAAUCUCUAUAUAAUAGAAUUAAUUUGGUUAAAAAAAUAAAAGUUUAAAUUUUUCAAGAAGGUACCUAUAUAUAUAGAGGGCUUGUGAUGAAUCGAGCGCGAUCGCGCUCCGCUCGUGAAACGCGCCCGUAAAUGGUAUUUUGAAACGUUCCAAGCGCGAUAAACAACGCUCGUUUAGCUUACAACGAGCGUAUAAAAUAACGCUCGUCCAAGAGUUCGGGGCAAAACAAAUAAUAACUUUUUUUUUAUUUUCAUAAAAUAUGAAAAAAAGAUUUUUUUAUAAAGAUUUUAUGUUAUCGAAGCACUAAUAGAAUAUAAAAUAAAAAAAGCACUACGUCGUUUUUUUUUUUGCACUAACCAGAAUGAGCAGUUUGAAGUCGUUAAUAGGCACUAAUUUCAUUGAUGAAAUGUGCUUGUAGAAAUUCAAUGCAAAUACAAAAAUGCACAAA